AUUUCUGUGUUGCAAUCUAUCUAUAAAGAUCAUUUUCUGUAUGCAGUUCAUAUUGACAAAGAAGAACAAUUGAGAGAGGAAUUAGAAAGUCAGAUAGAAAAAUCUUUCCCUACCAGGCACAACAUAAUUCUUCUUCCCACGGAAAGUUCUUAUUCCACUACUUAUGAUUCCUAUGAAACUGUUAGAGCCAAAAUGGAGGCAUAUGUAAAUCUUUUGCAUCUUGGUAUAUGGGAUUUCGUUGUCACUUUAAGCGAGGAUGACGUUCUACUCAGAAAUAUAGAUGAUUUAGCCAUAGCCUUAGCCCCCUAUCGAGGUAUGUGUCUUAUUAAUCAAAAUACUUGGGGUGGAAAGCGAAAAACAGUGACUGUCGAACUUUUUCAGAG